AUGACUCUUGACUAUGACUAUGCAGUUCUGGAAUUAAAACGUGCUCAAAAGAAGAAGUUUAUGGACCUUGGAAUUAGUCCAGAAAUUGACAAGAUGCCAGGGAGCAGAGUACAUUUCUCAGGAUUUGAUGACGACAGGGUUGGGCAGUUGGUUUACCGGUUUUGUAGUGUUUCAGUGGAAUCCAAUGAUCUAUUUUAUCAGUAUUGUGAUGCUGAACCUGGCUCUAGCGGUUCUGGUAUUUACAUCCGCCUCAAAGAGCCAAAUAAGAAGAAAUGGAACAGGAAAAUCAUUGCCAUCUAUUCUGGUCACCAGUGGGUGGAUGUUGGUGGAGAACAGCAGGAUUACAAUGUUGCCAUCAGAAUUACUCCACUGAAGUAUGCACAGAUAUGUCUCUGGGUACAUGGAAACAAUGCCGAUUGUUCUCAAGGAUAA